GGAUCUCUGAAGGCACCAACACGUCUCACUUGGACAAACUUCAGCGCGGCUACGAGAACAUGGAUCAUUUCACCACAAACUUCGAACGACAGAGAAGAGCUCUGUCCAACAUCACCUUCAACAGAUACGAUGACGACAGCGACGACGAGGACGAGGAGGCGGAGCUCAGAUCUGCAACAGGAAGUCGAGCCGAGACGCUUCCUGUGGCGGCGGCCGGCCCCUCCCCCUCCACGCCGGCCCCGCCCACCGCGUCCCCUAUGCCCCCCGCCCCCCCCGCCGUGUCCCCCCACCCUCCCGUCGCCCCGCCCACAUCUCCUCCGGUCGCACCGCCUAUGUCUCCUUCACUAGCCCCGCCCACGUCUCCUUCACUAGCCCCGCCCACAUCUCCUUCCCUGGCUCCUUCGUUGCCUCCUCCGCUGCUUCCUGCCGUGCCUCCCGUCUCCUUCCCUCCUUUACCGUCGCAGAGAGCUGCAGAGGCCACGCCCACCCCGACACGGAGCCACGCCCCCUCCGCCGCAGGAACCGCCCCCUCAGGCCCCGCCCCCUCGGAGGCCAAACCCCUGCUGCAGAAGUGA